AAUGAAGAGGGUGAUGGGGAGAGUCGAGCGGCGCUUUUCGGUGCGAGGACUGGCGAGGUCUUCGAGGUCGAGCCCAGCGCCCUUUUCGCUAAAGAUGACAAUGACGCGUCUACUGCCGUUUCCUUGGGUGAGGCAAGUGACCUUGUUGGAAAACGAAGCUUGGGAGAUGGAGAGGACGGUGCCGUGAUAGGAGUGUUACACUCGCGGUUGGAUCUUAUUCAAGGACGCUUUCUUCUAUGGACACUUCUG